GAGGAAGUUGCCCACGAGGCCCGCCGUAAACUGUUCCCUCGCGCCACUUCCGGCCGGCUUCCGUAGACGGCGCUGGUGCGCGAUUGUGAGGCGCGGGAGGUCGUUCCCCGCGGCCGGAGCUAUGGAGAUGCCGCUGCCGCCAGACGACCAGGAGCUCCGAAAUGUCAUCGACAAGCUGGCGCAGUUCGUGGCUCGCAAUGGGCCCGAGUUUGAGAAAAUGACGAUGGAGAAGCAAAAGGACAACCCGAAGUUCUCGUUCCUGUUCGGAGGCGAGUUCUACAGUUACUACAAGUGCAAGCUGGCGCUGGAGCAGCAGCAGCUCAUUUGCAAGCAGCAGGCACCUGAGCUGGAGCCCCCUGCCACCCUGCCCCCCUUGCCGCAGCCCCCACUGGCACCUGCCGCGCCCGUGCCACCAGCCCAGGGCACCCCAUCAGUGGAUGAGCUUAUCCAGCAGAGCCAGUGGAACCUGCAGCAGCAAGAGCAGCACCUGCUGGCCCUCAGACAGGAGCAAGUGACAGCGGCUGUGGCCCAUGCCGUGGAGCAGCAGAUGCAGAAGCUGCUGGAGGAGACACAGCUGGACAUGAACGAGUUCGACAACCUGCUGCAGCCCAUCAUCGACACGUGCACCAAGGAUGCCAUCUCGGCCGGGAAGAACUGGAUGUUCAGCAACGCCAAGUCCCCACCACACUGCGAGCUGAUGGCUGGCCACCUCCGCAACCGAAUCACAGCCGAUGGCGCGCACUUCGAGCUCCGCCUACACCUCAUCUACCUGAUCAACGACGUGCUGCACCACUGGGCCCUGACGCGCGGAAGGUCUCUCCCUCACAGCCAGCGCAAGCAGGCGCGGGAGCUGCUGGCCGCCCUGCAGAAGGUGGUGGUGCCCAUCUACUGCACCAGCUUCCUGGCUGUGGAGGAGGACAAGCAGCAGAAGAUCGCCCGGCUCCUGCAGCUCUGGGAGAAGAAUGGGUACUUCGAUGACUCCAUCAUUCAGCAGUUACAGAGCCCGGCCCUGGGCCUCGGCCAGUACCAGGCCACCCUGGUCAGCGAGUACUCAUCGGUGGUGCAGCCCGUGCAGCUGGCCUUCCAGCAGCAGAUCCAGACGCUGAAGACGCAGCACGAGGAGUUCGUCAGCAGCCUGGCCCAGCAGCAGCAGCAGCAGCAGGUCCAGAUGCCCCAGCUGGAGCCCGAGGUCAAGGCCACGCCGCCCCCACCAGCACCGGCACCACCGCCAGCACCCACGCCCACCCCGGCCAUCCCACCAACCACCCAGCCUGAUGACAGCAAGCCGCCCAUCCAGAUGCCCAGCUCCUCAGAGUACGAUACUGCAGGGGCUGUCCAGGAUCCUGCGGCCGCAGGCCCCCGGGGCCCUGGGCCCCAUGACCAGAUCCCACCCACCAAGCCCCCCUGGUUUGACCAGCCGCACCCGGUCGCCCCCUGGGGCCAGCAGCAGCCGCCCGAGCAGCCCCCAUACCCGCACCACCAAGGAGGCCCGCCCCACUGCCCACCCUGGAGCAACAGCCACGAGGGCAUGUGGGGCGAGCAGCGCGGGGAGCCCGGCUGGAGCGGCCAGCGAGACGCGCCCUGGAACAGCCAGCCCGACCCCAACUGGAACAGCCAGUUCGAGGGCCCCUGGAACAGCCAGCACGAGCAGCCGCCCUGGGGCGCGGGGCAGCGUGAGCCGCCCUUCCGCAUGCAGCGGCCGCCACACUUCCGAGGGCCCUUCCCGCCCCACCAGCAGCACCCGCAGUUCGGCCAGCCGCCGCACCCGCACAACUUCAACCGCUUCCCACCCCGCUUCAUGCAGGACGACUUCCCCCCGCGGCACCCCUUCGAACGGCCCCCGUACCCACACCGCUUCGACUACCCGCAGGGCGACUUCCCCGCCGAGAUGGGGCCUCCCCACCACCAUCCCGGCCACCGCAUGCCUCACCCUGGGAUCAACGAGCACCCGCCCUGGGCCGGGCCCCAGCACCCCGACUUUGGCCCGCCCCCCCACGGCUUCAACGGGCAGCCGCCCCACAUGCGGCGCCAGGGCCCGCCCCACAUCAACCACGACGACCCCAGCCUGGUGCCCAACGUGCCCUACUUCGACCUCCCCGCCGGGCUCAUGGCCCCACUGGUGAAGCUGGAAGACCACGAGUACAAGCCCCUGGACCCCAAGGACAUCCGCCUCCCGCCCCCCAUGCCGCCCAGCGAGAGGCUGCUGGCCGCGGUAGAGGCCUUCUACAGCCCGCCCUCCCACGACAGGCCCCGCAACAGGCUGGGAGCAGAACGGCCUCUACGAGUUCUUCCGAGCCAAGAUGCGCGCGCGGCGGCGGAAGGGCCAGGAGAAGAGGAACAGCGGACCCUCCAGGUCCCGGAGCAGAUCCAAGAGCCGGGGCCGCUCCUCCUCCCGCUCCAACUCGCGCUCCUCCAAGUCGUCGGCCUCCUACUCACGCUCCCGGUCACGCUCCUGCUCGCGCUCCUACUCGCGCUCCCGGUCCAGGAGCCGCAGCCGGUCCCGCUCCUCCCGGAGCCGCUCCAGGUCCCGCUCUCGGUCCCGGUCCAAGUCCUACUCCCCGGGGAGGAGGCGCCGCUCUCGGUCCCGGAGCCCCACGCCACCUUCCUCGGCGGGUCUGGGUUCGAAUUCGGCACCUCCCAUACCCGACUCUCGGCUCGGGGAAGAGAACAAGGGGCACCAGAUGCUGGUGAAGAUGGGCUGGAGCGGCUCUGGCGGCCUGGGCGCCAAGGAGCAGGGCAUCCAGGACCCCAUCAAGGGCGGGGAUGUGCGCGACAAGUGGGACCAGUACAAGGGCGUGGGCGUGGCGCUGGACGACCCCUACGAGAACUACCGGCGCAACAAGAGCUACUCGUUCAUCGCGCGCAUGAAGGCCCGGGACGAGUUCUCCACGUUCGGGGCGCGCAAGGAGGAGAAGGAAGACUAGGCGCGGAGACCUACCGAGGAGGCCGGCCGGGGCGAGGACAGGAGCCAGGGCGCAGGGCGCGGCACCCGGCAGAGGCGCUGGCGACGCCCCGGUCCCCCAGCGGAAGCGGCGCUGGGCAGGGUGCCCUCGUUACUUUAGUUGUCCACGUCGCCGUUCUCCCUGGUAUCUGCCCUCUGUCGCCCCGGGAGAGGAGGGGACAGGAUGGGAGCCGGGAUCCCCGGGCCUGCGUUCCGCGGACCCCCCACCCCUACCAGUGCGCAUGUGCACGCGGCCCUCCUUGGCCCCAGCUGUGGCUCCGUGGCGCGCCCUGUGUGGGCGUGGCCUGGGCGGUGCCUUGUGGCUGCCCGCCCACAGGCCCUGUCUCCUGGGUGGUGGUUGUACAGAAAUUUUGGGGAAAUUGUUUUCAACCGCGCACCCCACAACUCCACCCGUGUAGGAUGUUUGGUUUCUUGUAGAUUUCCUGUAGCUGUGACUCGUUCAAGCGUGUCUGAUCCGGGACAACACACAUUCUAUUAAAAGUUUCUUGUGGAUUUUA